AUGAUGCUUAGCCCGGACCAAGCUGCCGACUCCGACCACCCGUCCUCGGCGCCCUCCGACCCGGAGUCCCUGGGCGGCGCGGACGCCCAGGCGCUCAGCUGCUGCAUCUCCGACCCGGAGCCCGCCGAGGGCGGCGGCGGCGAAGGCCGGGGCGGCGGCGGCGGGGAGGGCCGUGGCGGGGGCCGGCCUGGGCUGCACCCGCCGCCGCUGAGCCGGGAGGAGAAGCGCCGGCGGCGCCGCGCCACGGCCAAAUACCGCUCGGCCCACGCCACGCGUGAGCGGAUCCGCGUGGAAGCCUUCAACCUGGCCUUCGCCGAGCUGCGCAAGCUGCUGCCCACCCUGCCCCCCGACAAGAAGCUCUCCAAAAUCGAGAUCCUGCGCCUCGCCAUCUGCUACAUCUCCUAUCUCAACCACGUGCUGGACGUGUAGCGCCCGAUGGACGCCCGGAGCCCCAGGACCCCCAGUCCCGCCGCUCCGGGUCCGGCCGCGGCGGGCAGCGCCUUCCCAGGGGCGGGCGGCGGGGCGGGG